CCGUAUAUGGAUGAAAACUUUGUUUCGAGAGCCUUUGCCACCAUGGGAGAGCUUGUACUGAGUGUAAAAAUCAUUCGAAACAGGUUGACAGGAAUUCCAGCAGGCUAUUGCUUUGUAGAAUUUGCAGAUCUAGCUACUGCAGAGAAAUGUUUACACAAAAUCAAUGGAAAACCGCUUCCUGGUGCUACACCGGCAAAGCGAUUUAAAUUGAAUUAUGCAACGUAUGGAAAACAGCCUGAUAACAGUCCAGAAUAUUCACUUUUUGUGGGAGACCUGACUCCUGAUGUGGAUGAUGGCAUGUUGUAUGAAUUUUUUGUAAAAGUUUAUCCAUCGUGUAGAGGUGGAAAAGUUGUUUUGGACCAGGCAGGAGUAUCCAAAGGUUACGGGUUCGUGAAAUUCACGGAUGAGCUGGAACAGAAAAGAGCACUGACAGAGUGUCAAGGAGCUGUGGGGUUGGGCUCUAAACCUGUACGCUUGAGUGUGGCUAUUCCAAAAGCUAACCGCAUGAAGCCAAUGGAGUACAACCAGAUGUACAACUAUAACUAUAACCAGUAUUACCAACAGUAUCACAACUACUACGCCCAGUGGGGCUACGACCAGAACACGGGCAGCUACAGCUACAGCUACCCCCAGUACGGCUACACGCAGAGCACCAUGCAGACAUAUGAAGAAGUUGGGGAGGAUGCCUUGGAAGAUCCAACGCCUCAGUUAGACGUCCACGAAGCAAAUAAACAGUUUAUGGAACAGAGCGAAGAGCUCUACGAUGCCUUGAUGGACUGUCACUGGCAGCCUUUGGACAGUGUCUCGUCAGAGAUCCCGGCCGUGUUAUAG